UCUCCCUGACGGGUGGGGGGGGGGGGGUUGGUUGGUCACGUGGCUGCGCGUCCCGCCCUAUCAGGACGCCGGAGCGCGAAGGUCGCCCGAACUCCCGCCAAAUACGAGCGAGCGGGAGAGAGAGAGGGAGGAAGGCAGCCUGGGCGCCCCCCCCCGCCCGCCACGGUUAUGCGAGGGGAGGAGCCCCCCUCCCAGUCUGCAGCUAUGGAGUGUCGGGAUAAAUUGGCCGUUCCAGCCAGGAAGCUCAUACAAGCUCGACUGCCUUUCAAACGUUUGAAUCCUGUACCAAAGGAGAAACUGGAUGGAAACCCAGGGGUCAAAAAGCCCAGGAACCCUCAACAUGUUCUCCAUCAAAAUGCCACACCUUGUCCUGGUUUACCACAUCCCUUGCCAGAUAAUGUGGAGAACAGCUGCCAAGUGGAAACGGAGGCACUGUUUGUUCCUAAACUUGUUAAUGGCAAGGGCCCGUUGGAUAACUUUGUGCAGAAAAAUGCAAAAAAUGAUACGAAUCAGUCUUUAAUUUUGAUAGACUUGACGGAGGAUUCUAACCACAGACUGAGCAAUAAUGUAGACCAUGGCAAAGUAAACAAAGUAGCAGCAUCUGCAGAGAAAGCUGGCAAGGAGCAUAGGAGCGAGUCAGUCCAGUGUGAUGCUCACAAAUCCGUUUGUAACGCCCAGGAGGAUGUUCCAAUGAAAACUUGCCCAGCGACAGCAGAUGAGGAUGAACUAUCAAAUACAUUUUCUGAGGGAGAAAUUGAUGGUGCCAAGGAGAGGAAACUCGAGAUUGUCAUGUUUGAAAGGAAAAUGCCCGUGGUUGUCUUGGAGGAUAUAAUGACAGCCAGAUCUCUCCAAUCUUCACCUUUGGAAAGGAGUCUGUCUUCUGGAAAUGAGACAAUUGAAUCUUGCCCUGAAGGGGACACAGCAUGUACAAAUACUUCAUUGAGUUCUCUUUCUUCUACCGGCUCACCUGAGUCUCUGUCUACACAGGAGUGCAAGAACGACGUUAAUCCAUUAGCAGCUUCAACACCUGUUGGAAAGGUGUCUCAGAAAAGCCACAGGAAUUCUGCAGAGAAAGAGAAACUGAAGCUGCAAAGGGAUCAAGAGCGGGCAGACAAACUUCAAAAGCUGCAAGCCGAACGAGAGGAGAAGGGCAGGCUGAAAGAAGAGGCCAAGGCUGCAAAGGAACGUGCCCGGGAGGAGGCGAAGAAAAAGAGAGAAGAAGAGAAGGAGCUGAAGGAGAAAGAAAGGAGAGAGAAAAAGGAAAAAGAAGAGAAAGAGAAGGCCGAAAAGCUACGAGUUAAGGAGGAAAAAAGAAAGGAGAAGCAGGAGGCAUUAGAGGCCAAACUCGAAGAGAAAAGGAAGAAGGAGGAGGAGAAACGGUUGAAAGAGGAAGAAAAGCGCAUCAAAGCUGAGAAAGCCGAAAUCACCCGAUUCUUUCAAAAACCCAAGACCCAGCCUGCCCCGAAGACGCUGGCUGGCUGGUGCGGGAAGUUUGCCCCCUUCGAAAUCAAGGAGAACAUGUUCCUUGCCCCACUCUGCCGCGUAGCUGUGGAGCAGGACCUCCUAGACCGCCUGGACUGGCUCCUACAAGAUCAGAGCUGCGACACGUCUCUCUUGGAUGAGCUGAAGAGCCGCGAGCCGUGUAAAUCGGGACCUACCCUCAGCAGGAGCAGCAGCACUGAUGUCGUAAACAGCGAUGUAGUCAUUGUGGGUAGCCACCAAGCGGGAGACGUCCCAGAAAGGAGGAAGUUCGGCAGGAUGAAGCUCCUGCAGUUCCGCGAGAAUCACCGGCCGGCCUACUGGGGCACGUGGAACAAGAAAUCUUCAGCCAUAUGCCCGCGAAACCCUUGGUCAAAGGAUGUGAAGCUGCUGGACUACGAAGUCGAGAGCGAUGAGGAGUGGGAGGAGGAGGAGCCAGGGGAGUCGCUCUCCCAUAGCGAAGGGGAUGACGAUGAGGAUGGGGGAGAGGAGGAAGAUGACGACGAUGGCUUCUUUGUACCCCAUGGGUACCUCUCUGAGGAUGAGGGUGUGACUGAAGAAUGUGACCCUGAGAACUACAAGGUUCGCCAGAAACUGAAGGCCAAGGAGUGGGAUGAGCUCAUUGCCAAGGGAAAGGGGUUCCGUGUCCUGCAGCCCACAAAGAUUGGCUGCAUCUGGGAAGGGCAGGAGAACGGCAAUGGCGCCGGCGUGGAUUUAAAGCUGCUACAGCAGUUUGCAGCUUGCAUCCUGGACCUGAGCAUUACCGACGAAGAGAAGCCGGAAAGAAGCUGCAAAAAUAAGACGGAGGACCGGGAAAUCCUGGGCCAGCUGCUCCCCUUGCUGCAUGGAAACGUGAACGGAAGCAAAGUCAUCAUCCGGGAGUUCCAGGAGUGCUGCCGCAGGGGUCUGCUCCUGGGCAACAGCUCCGUCUCCACUUUGGAGGGUGGGGAGGCGAGUCCCACAAGCCCCAGCACCUCCCGGGCCCAGACUCCUGUGCACGAGGGGAACGCCGUCCCCUCCAAAGCCCGGCUAAAGCGAAUCAUCUCGGAGAACUCCGUGUACGAAAAGAGGCCUGAGCACCGGAUGUGUUGGUACGUCCACCCCGAGGUGCUGAAGUCCUACGGCCAAGAGAGCCUCCCCGUCCCAUGCCAGUGGAACGACGUCACGCCCAUUCCUUCCGUGGCCAAGGAAGACAGUGGCAGUUCUCCAGCAGGGGCGGCGACACAAAUCACUCCAGUCUCAGCCAAGCGGAAGUCGGCAGGAAGCAUGUCGAUCACCAAGUUCAUGAGGAGACGUCUGGGUGCUAGACAGGCUGAAGCCACAGAGAUGGAUGGAUUUCAGGCAGACACAGAGGAAGAGGAUGAGGACGACUGCAUGAUUGUGGAUGUGCAGCAAAGCAAAGGAAACACCCCUCUGGCUGCUACACAGGCACCCUGCAACUGUGUCGAGGAAUCCUGAAACCACUUCAGAGACAGAAGAGGAAGGGAGCGAAGUUCCCGGCCGAGCCACCUUCUGCUACAGUUGCUCUUAACUGCCUCUUGCCCUUUGAUAUACCCAGCCCCUCCCUUUACUCUCUGUAUGUAUGUAGAAUUCUUUAGAAGGUUCCUGCAAUCUUGUGUCUUUCUGUACAAGAUACUUGAACAUACUCUGUAUUCCUUUGUAAAGAGAAGACAGCACUUUGUUCCACUUCAGAUCAGUGGAAGCUCAAGACAUGUUUUUAGAGACUUAGGGGGGUUUAUUUUUAGAGAAGAAAUACUGCAUAUAAUCACUCUAAUAAAAGCAUUAUUAAAUGUUGAUGGGCCCUAUACACAAAA